UGAUGUGAUAAUUGCAAUACAGAAGUGCAGCAGAGACAGCGGGCCUGAAAGAGCCUCACUUGACGUCCCUAGUUUUGGACCUGUGGAUUGGGACCUAAGUGUCCUGACAUGAAAGGUGACCUGUUUGGGACAGAUAGCACCCAGCCAUGGAGCAACAGCAGGCCGAUAUUGUGAGGAACUUGCUGACACAUCUGGGGAGACAAGACAUUGAGGACAAGGAGGCGCCCCAUAGCAUUCCCGGGGAGUUUAUGAGGUUGAAAAACCAGUCAAUCAAGUAUCGAGAUGAUAAGACAUACCCCACCAAAUCAGCAGAAACUCAGGAAAACAUCAAGAAGAACAGAUACAAGGACAUUCUUCCAUUUGAUCACAGCAGGGUGAAGCUCACGCUUACCACCUCUAAAGCUGACACUGACUACAUUAAUGCCAGUUUCAUAAAGGGAGUGACAGGCUCCAAGGCUUACAUUGCUACUCAGGGUCCCCUUCGGAGCACAGUGCUGGACUUCCUGAGGAUGCUAUGGGAGUAUGAGAUAAAUGUCAUAGUAAUGGCUUGCCGAGAAUUUGAGAUGGGAAAGAAAAAGUGUGAGCGCUACUGGCCGCAGAAGGAGGAGGAGUCAUUUGUAUGUGGACCUUUUAUUGUUCAUUGUGUGAGUAUUCUUCUGCGCUAUUUGCCGGUCCCUAAAAGGUCAUUGUUUUCUUAUUGCACCAAACAACAAGAAAAAAACCCCCCAAACUUUCUCUUUGUACAGGACUGUGAGGAGGACAAAGGAGCCUAUCUGACGAGGACAUUAAAGUUGACAUAUGACAAUUGUUGCAGAACUUUAAAACAGCUGCACUACGUUAACUGGCCAGACCAUGGAGUACCCAAUUUCAUCCUCCCCAUUUUGGACAUGCUGGAGGAGAUGCGUACCUAUCAGCCUCAUGAUGACAUCCCCAUCUGCAUCCACUGCAGUGCUGGAUGUGGUAGAACAGGAGCCCUUUGUGUCAUCGAUUAUACUUGGAACCUGCUCAGGAAAUCGUUGAUCACUUCAGAUUUCAAUGUCUGUGACUUAGUUCACACCAUGAGAACACAACGGCCCUCUGUAGUACAAACCAAGGAACAAUAUGAGCUUGUCUACAGCAUCAUCAGGUUACUGUUUGAGAGAUAUUUGCAGUCCGUGAAUGCACACAACUGCUCACACCAGGGCACCAUUGGUACGUCUAUGAUAGGGCAAGAGGAUCAAAGCGAGGAGCCACAACCGCUACAGCACAUCUGUGAUGGGGAAAUCAACACUGUAUCACAGACCCAGGAAUCAUUGCCGUCUGGUCUCGUUGUUACAUCCAAGACAGACAAGAAGGAGAAAGGGCUCCAUAGCAGCCAAGAAGUGGCUGUCGUGGAGGCAAUACAGCAGGGUGAUGAUGCACUGAGAUCUGCAGCUUCAACUAUUACUGCAGAAGACAUCUGUCUUGCUGUGGAGGACCCCUACUUUCACACCCCCCUGUCUCACAAUAUACCACGAGUGAACAAGCGAUGGACAGUUGGUCCAAUCAUCAGCGAGUCCUUAUUGUCUAUGUAUGACCACGCGAUGGCGUCUCACUCUUCUCUCUUCACAGGUUCAAUAGGAGCUCAUACUGAUGUGGACACACCUCCUCCUCUGCCUGAACGAACCCCUGAAUCCUAUCAACUGGCUGUAGAUACAGAGCACUUAGGUUCCUUGGAAAGGUUAACUGCCAUCAUCCCACCUCAUGGAGAUGCUGAGGCUCCGGUGGACAAGCCGGGGGACAGCCCUGUUUCACCCGUCCCUUCGCUUCCUGAUAGAACCCCAGAAUCAUACGAGAUGGCUGUUCAUCAAGGUGCCUUUCAUCAGAGCACCACAAAACCUCCUGCUGACAAUCAGCUAGACAUCACGCCGACAGUGAACUUCAACAGAAUCGGGACGUCCUCAGAGUGGUCAGGCACCUCAAAGGUGGUCAGCACCGCUCAUGAGCGAGAAACGAAGCCAUGGGUGAGAAGUAAGAGUCUGACAACAAAAACGACCUUCACAGAGCAGCUGACUCCAUUGUGGCUGCCCUCUCCACCUCCUGUUGCUGAAGGAGGAAGUGCAUCAGCAGAAGGGAGUCGAGUGUAUGAUGUAAACCAGAAGGCCUCGCUUUCUGACGGUGGGGCGUCAGGAGACAAGGCAGACAAAAACGAUGAGAAGGCACCAUCCAGAAAAAAGAGUCUCAAACUGUUCGGAGACAAACAGAAAUUAAAGCCAGGAACUGCUGCUCUUCCUACACUGUCACCAUCCUCAAAUGGAGUCCUAAUGUCGUUAUUCAAAUUUGGAUUUGGGAACAGGAUCGGAAAGCCAAAAGGACCCAGAAAUUACCCACAAAACUGGUUCUAAAUAAGUUUGUCUCCCUACAUGAAUGGCAGAUCUUCCUCAUAAAGACCACGCUGAUAAAUGUCUUCUAUCACUCAUGGUCACUUAGAGCCUCCUAGUGGACGUAUGCUGAACUUCAACUCACAAAGCUCUAAUAUGAAAGCUCUAAACCAGCGGCGUCCAAACUUUUCCACGAGAGCCGCCUACUGAAAAAACACGUUGAUACUUUUUUCUUUUGUAAAAAGCUUAAAACAGCCGAAAAAGUUCAGCAUGUUCUCCCCAUGCUUGCGUGGGCUUCCUCCCAUAUUCCAAAAAUAGCAAUGUGAUUGCCUGGUGACCAGUCCAGGGUGUACCAAGUAGACUGGCAUAUGCUAGAACUUAUACCCAUGACCCUAAUGAGCACAAGCGUAUAGAAAAUGGAUGGCCGAGUAUGGACAUUUCAACUUUUUCUCUUUACACUGUGCCUUUUUGUUCUAUACUUCAUUUUUUUUGGUUUAAUUUUAUUUCUACAAUGUGCUGGGGGCCAAUACAUGCUACCCGCAGGCUGCAAAUGCCCCCGGUCCGCACUAAAUGAAGGAAUUCGGAUGUUCACUGUUAAUAGCGUAGGUGUGUACACACUGAUUUAUGGGUUUCUAGUUUUAAUUCACUGAGGUUGUAUUCAGGAGCACCAAAUGUCUUUAAAUGAUUUUUGAGGAACAAAACAAACAAGGAAACCUAUACUGACCUCAGUUCUUUCUUGUGGUGAUGCAGCAUACUUUUGUAAAAAUGCUUUUCAGCACGAUGUUCGUAAUGUCCCGUCCUUGUACAAGGUCCCUGUAGUGGAGACACAGUAGAGACAGUAGUCACUAUGUUUAUUAAGGGCUAAUUAAAGAAGAAACUCACCAGUAAUGGUGACAUUAGGUCUCUUCACAAGUGACAAUCCUGGAAUUUAAACUACGGUAGAUCUGUGAAUGGAUCAAAUGAAAAACUACCAAUGUUGUUUUUUCCUGUGUACGUAGGCCUGCAAUGGCAUAUUCUGAAGACUGCACAAUUUCAGUUGAUUGCUGAGUUCACCAGUAAAGAUGCUCCUGCAGGUGUACUGCAUAGGGGCGUUACUGCUUUGAAGAGUAGGUGGCAGACUAAGGAAAUGUGCAUCUGAAUCUAUAAUUUAAUUCAGCGACUGUCCAGGCAUGUUAAAAAAGCACACAACUACCAGAAAUCACAAAAUGACACAUACUGAAUAUAAAUAAAAAGCUACAUAAUGUUUGGUAAUUCAUUUAAACAAAUAAUAAAUACCAUAUGAUGCAUUGCCUAUAACCCAAUGCUUACUAAUAGGCACGCAUUACAAGUGCUGUCUUUUUGUUAGCGCUCAGAAUGGAGAUGUACCAAAAAAAGGUGGAAAUUGCAUGUUGCCAGAUGAUUUGUGUCUCUUUAGUGGCGCAGGUUGAGGUUUAUUAGGGGGAGUGGCCGCCUUCUGGAAGACUAGUUCUUCGGUCUUGAUUAUCCCACUUUGUGGUCGCACUGGGGGCGUGUCAAUAGUGUCACAAUGGGACAGGAAGGUGAUAGGAUUGCUGGGUCUCUCUUCCACUUCCUCAUGGUACUGUUUGAGGCGGAUGUGCCAAGCCAGGCUGCAGACGGCUGACAUGGUCUUGAACUGGUGGAUGACGUUUCGUGGGAUAAAAUAAACAUCGUUGUCACAGAGCUGGGCGCGUACGUAGCGGAUGCCCUCCCUUCUCAGCUGGUUAAGCUUGGCGUCGUCCACCCACUGAGCACACUGAACACAACAUCCACUGUGAUUAGAUGCCUGUCAUGUCAAAAAUACCACCUCAUUAGGACUAAGUUAUCGCAGAUGCUACUUGAAAACUACCUGAGAUACCGGAGGCUCGUACAGAUCCAGCUGCAGUUGAUGGAUAACUUUAUUGAAGUCACCAGCAUGGAAACACACAACAUCUUUGGUUACCCGUGGUCGAUUACUCCUGUUGGAGAGUUUUAAUAAGACACAAAUGAGUUGUCAAGCCUCAGCAAAAAAGCCUACACGCAAUCAUAAAGCUCCUACAAUUCUCCAAAGUGCACAGCCUUCAGCACUCCCACAGCAGCAGUGCUUUGCCAGUCAGAACUCUGGCCCACGUGGUCAGCAUGGGCCUUGGUGCGGUCCUCAAACAAAACCUCCCGGGGUUCGCUUGCCCUCGGCAGGUAGUGCAGAUUUUUGAUCUCAUUCAUGGACCUGCAUGAAAACACAACGUCUACAUCGCAUAUAAAAGUGAUGAUAA